ACGGGCAGGGUUCCUUGCGGCUGAAGCGGCCACGCACAAACGCACGCCUCUACGCCUCCAAUUACACCGCACCGCUAGACAGCCGACCCUCCACCUCGCGCCUCCAAAACCUUCCCCCCGUCCUACCCCCUCCCGCCGUCCUAGGGUUCGCGCCGCCGCAGCCAUGGGCUCCUCGCUCCCGCCCAAGGAGGCCAACCUCUUCAAAGUCAUCGUCAAAUCCUAUGAGACUAAGCAAUAUAAGAAGGGGCUGAAGGCUGCAGAUUCCAUAUUGAAAAAGUUUCCAGAGCAUGGUGAAACACUUUCAAUGAAAGGUUUGACACUAAAUUGCAUGGACCGGAAAUCUGAAGCAUAUGAGCUUGUUCGCCGUGGCCUAAAGAAUGAUCUGAAGAGUCAUGUUUGCUGGCAUGUCUAUGGUUUGCUUUACCGAUCAGACAGAGAAUACAGAGAAGCUAUAAAAUGUUAUAGGAAUGCUUUGAGGAUUGACCCAGAUAACAUAGAAAUUUUGCGUGACUUGUCACUUCUCCAGGCACAAAUGAGGGACUUGUCCGGCUUUGUUGAGACUAGACAACAACUUUUGUCGUUAAAGCCAAAUCACCGCAUGAACUGGAUUGGUUUUGCAGUCGCUCAUCAUUUAAAUUCCAAUCCUUCCAAGGCAAUAGAAGUAUUAGAGGCAUAUGAGGGAACACUGGAAGAUGAUUAUCCUCCAGACAAUGAGCGAUAUGAACACAGUGAAAUGCUGCUGUAUAAGAUAUCAUUGUUUGAGGAAUGUGGGAUGCUGGACAGAUCCAUUGAGGAGAUGCAGAAGAAGGAGAGCAGGAUUGUUGACAAGCUAUCAUUCAAAGAACAAAUGGCAUCCGUUUUGUUCAAACUUGGUCGCUUUGACGAAUCUGAGAGAAUAUACAGAUCCCUGCUUUUUAUGAAUCCUGAUAACUACAAAUAUUUUAUAGCUGUGCAAAAGUGCCUUGGCCUAUACUCUGAUAAUGGUCAAUAUUCCGCUGAUGAUGUCGAGCGCUUAAGUGCUAUAUAUAAAUCACUUAAAGAAGAUUAUGCUUGGUCAUCUGCUGUUAAGCGCAUCCCUCUUGAUUUCCUGGAAGGUGAGAAAUUCCAGGAGGCUGCAGACAAUUACAUCAGACCUCUUUUAACAAAGGGUGUGCCUUCAUUGUUUUCUGAUUUAAGUCCAUUGUAUGAACAUCAUGGCAAGGCAAUCAUACUGGAAGAAUUAUUUCUUAAGCUAGAAGAUUCAAUUAGGACCUCUGGAUGCUUUCCUGGAAGUCCACAGAAGGAGCCUCCGUCCACACUAUUGUGGACUAUGUUUCUGAUUUCCCAGCACUACGACAGAAGGGGCCAGUAUGAGAUUGCUUUAAAUAAAAUUGAUGAGGCUAUUUCGCAUACACCAACCGUCAUUGAUUUAUAUUCAGUAAAGGGAAAGAUAUUGCAACAUGCUGGCAAUUGCGCAGCAGCAGCAGCAUUAGCAAAUGAAGCUAGUUUAAUGGAUCUUGCUGAUCGUUAUUUAAACAGCGAAUGUGUUAUGCAGAUGCUUCAGGCUGACCAGGUUGGGCUUGCUGAGAAGACUGCUGUUUUGUUUACCAAAGACGGUGAUCAGCACAACAAUCUUCAUGACAUGCAAUGCAUGUGGUACGAACUUGCUUCUGGUGAGAGUUAUUUUCGUCAAGGUGAUCUUGGCAGGGCCCUAAAAAAUUUCUUGGCAGUUGAAAAGCAUUACGCUGAUAUGACUGAAGAUCAAUUUGACUUCCAUUCGUAUUGCUUACGCAAAAUGACACUUCGGGCGUAUGUUUCUAUGCUGAAGUUUCAAGAUCGUUUGCACGCUCAUGAAUACUUCCACAAGGCUGCAUCAGGAGCUAUCAAGUGCUAUAUGAAACUACAUGAUUCUCCAACAAAAUCAUACGCCGAGGAGAACGAUGAGAUGUCAAAACUGCCACCUGCUCAGAGGAAGAAAUUGAGACAAAAGCAGAAAAAAGCAGAAGCGCGUGCUAAAAGGGAGGCUGAAGAGAAACAGGAGGAUGAAACGGCGGCAUCCAACAGUACGAAAUCUGGAAAGAAACAAAAUGCAAGACCUGUUGAUGUGGAUCCACAUGGUGAAAAAUUACUCCAGAUUGAAGAUCCACUUGCAGAAGCAACAAAAUACUUGAAGCUGCUGCAGAAUAACUCGCCAGGCUCAUUAGAGACCCAUGUACUUUCAUUUGAGCUCAACAUGAGAAAGCAAAAGAUUUUACUUGCUUUUCAGGCUGUUAAACAGCUCAUUAAAUUGGAUGAGAAUGAUCCAGGCAGUCACCGUUGUUUGAUAAGGUUCUUCCACAAGAUAAACAGUCUUCCGGCUCCAGGGACUGAUUCUGAGAAGCUAAUUUGGAAUGUUUUGGAAGCUGAACAACCGGACAUAAGGCAAUUACACGGGAAGUCUCUUAUUGAAGUAAACAGAAGUUUCCUUGAAAAACACAAUGCUUCGUUGACGCACAGAGCAGCAGCUGCUGAAAUGAUGUAUCUCUUGGAGCCAGAUAAGAAGAUGGAGGUGAUUAAAUUAAUCGAAGAUUCAACAAAUAAUACAAAUAAUACAGCGUCAGGAAAUAAUGUGCUUGGUCCUGUGAAAGAAUGGCAGAUUCAAGAUUGUAUUGAUGUUCAUAAAUUGCUGGAGACAGUCUUUGGCGAUCAGGAUUUUGCAAAUAGGUGGAAGGCACGAUGUGCAGAAUAUUUUCCAUACUCGUCCUACUUUGAAGGCAUAAAGAGUGCUAUUGCAGCGUAUUCUGUCGACAAUAGUCUCAAGAAUUCACCAGUAAAUGGAAUUGCCUCAAACCCACAAUCGAAACCAAAAGAGGGAGAGGCAUGCAGUUUGAAUGGGACUGUGCAUAUUGUGGAUGAUAUGAGCAGCAUAAGCAUUCGGUAAUGUAUCUACAAGUCGCUGUCUGGUUACAUCUGGAACAGAACAUAUUUGAGAACUGGAGAGUCGGUGCCCAAUUAACCGAAGUGCACACAAACACAAGAGUUCUAGAGGGGAACAAAGUGCCCGGGUGCAAUGAGUAACUUCUCGGUGCAUUUCACUUGAAGAGUAUAUACUUGAUUGGGAGCUGAGGUCUCUUCAGUCUGGUGAUCAUCUCAGUUCCAGCUUGUACCUUUUGUUGCCAUUUUGUAGACAGUAAAAGAAUAACCUUUCAUCCCAGUUACUAUAAGUUGCGCCGGCGUUUGUUGCCUGGUAGCAUCAGGGUGAUGAUUCAUUUUGAAGCAGCGCAUCAUGGAUUCAUUGUGUGGUUGGUUCUCGUAUCCCGUAAUGCUCGCGCACUCUUCUUGUUACUACAAAAUUUUGGCAUAAAACAGGUGUAUAAGCUUAAACCUUUUUGAAUUAUGACUUAAGGUCCUUGGGAUAGUUUCGUGUAUCGGGGGAGUCGCCUUAGGCCUUUUGCUUUUGGAACUUUUGGUCCUCUGCGUUGUAAAUUAGUCAGUUUAAUCUUGGGCAGUGAAAUUGUAUCAGUUGUCUUGAAAAAUAAUGAUCAACGUUAACACAGUGUGUU